CUAUUUCUGUUUCAAGCUUGUCAGAAAACAAGAAAAAUCAGCUUAGGCCUCGAUCAACGUUUUUGCACAGAUUACCUGAUCCUCCUGUUGUGCAGUUGGAUGUAGGGAUUCUUCCAAGUACUCCUCCAAGGAUAUAAAGUAAUUCGGGCUAUGACCACGGUCUGCAUAAAUGCUCUCCCGACAAGCCAAGACUAGGUUUCUCGUGACUUGGCGAACAUGGGGUCCGCGUAUAUAUACAGUCGCUAUUUUCAGUUUUUCCUAGCCCAGAAUGCCAUCUGAAUCCGAGCCUCGAAUGCUUUACACAGCCCCACAACAGGACAAGGAGGGCUCAGAGACAUUGGAAGGAUCCAAUUUCGCCAAGGACUCCAACCUUUCCUCACACCCGCAUGAAUUUCCCGAAGGUGGUCUGGCUGCUUGGAUGACAACUUUUGGAGCGUUUCUUGUACAGUUGUGCGGGUUUGGUUAUACUAACUCAUUUGGUGUCUACCAAGACUUCUAUACCCAGCAUUACCUUACAAACGAGACAUCGUCUGCCAUAUCAUGGAUCGGGAGCCUGAACACGUUUUUAGUCACCGCUGUGGGCCUUAUAUCAGGUUCACUAUAUGACCGAGGAUAUUUCUACCACCUAGUAAUUGCUGGAUCGCUUCUGCAGAGUUUUUCUCUCUUCAUGUUGUCUUUGUCAAAACCCGAUCAGUACUAUCAGAUAUUCCUGGCUCAAGGUGUAGGCAUGGGUAUCGCGUUGGGGCUCGUGUAUGUCCCGAGCCUAGCUGUCGUUUCGCAUUAUUUCCGACGGAGACGCACACUGGCUAUGACGUUCGUCGCUUCGGGCUCUUCUCUGGGUGCUGUCAUCCAUCCGAUUAUGCUCAAUAACCUCCUGAAUGGUCGUCUUGGUUUUGGAAAUGGCGUCCGUGCAAGCGCAGGGUUUGUCAGCGUGCUCCUGUUGAUUGCAUGCCUAUGCAUGCGAACUCGCCUUGAUCCGCCGAUGACAUCAGUGAACUAUAUUGUGGCAGCUAAAAAAUGCAUUCGUGAUGUACCAUUUAUUUUUGCGAUAGCAGGGGGCUUUUUUUUUCAGACUGGCUUGUACUACCCGUUGUUCUUCAUUCAACUUGACUCUAUCAGGCACGGUCUUAGUGUCACCUUCUCGUUUUACUCUUUAGUGAUUUUAAACGUGUCUAAUUGUGUGGCACGAGUCAUGUCAGGGUUCAUCGCGGCGUUCACGGGAGUCCCAAACUUAAUCAUAGUUGCAACAAUUUCGGGCGGUGUGCUCAUUUUGGGCAUGAUUGGAUUGAAUAGCCUGGCCAGCGUCGUUGUACUUGGUGUGAUGUAUGGCUAUUGUGCAGGGCUGUAUAUUGCGAUGGUAGGUCCGCUUGUGGCUACUUUAACGCCCGACCUCUCUGAGCUUGGCGCGCGGAUGAGCAUCUGUUUCUUCAUUGGCGGAUUUGGAGGCUUGAUCGGAACACCCAUUUCUGGUGCCCUACUGACAUCGAAUUAUACCUGGUGGAUACCCGCUGUGUUCUCCUGGGUCGCUUCAAUGACUGGUGGUGUGAUGUAUAUGAUCAUGCGGUUUAUAUUUGUCAGAAGGCAGAUCAAUCAAGGAAAAGCAUAAUGCUCAACUUUAGAUAGUAGAUAUUGUAAGCUGAUUCCUGAGGGAAGCUGUGAUUUGAUAUGUUUGACUGCAUUGUU